AUUUGGACAUCAAAUCAAGUGGGUGCGGUCACCACUUCCUUUGUGAGAUGCUCUAGACUAGCAAUUUCAUCGAUUUCGCCCGAUUCUACCGCCACAGCAACUCGCGGCCUCGCUCCGCACGGCGGCCGGCCGCGCCCGCCCUCGGCGCCGCAGCCGCGCGGCCAUCCCAGGUCAUCCGUUCCGCACAGGCCGACGAAGUAAGAGGCUCGCGGCGAGCCGGGCCGCGGCCAGAGCGGUGGCAGCAGGCGGCGCGACGCGCGGGGCGCGCGGAGCGGGCCUACAGAGGAUCCCCGUGCGCAGGAGUGGCACAGCAGGGGGGCGCACGCGGAGGAGCCGGCGAGGUGCGCACGGCGACAGGUAGGAGCAGAGCAGCAGGGAUGGGAAAGAAAUGAGAUAGAGGUGGAUGGUUGAAGAUGACGGUAUUUUGGUCUAAUUUUUUUUAUAAAUAUGUUGAAAGGGCACAUAAUGGCAUAUCUCUAGGAAACGUGAAAUUGUAAUGGCAUACUCCCGAUAUCAUGAAUAGUAAUGGUAUAUCUCAGAAACGUGAUAAUUGUAAUGACAUAUAUCUAAUUAACCCUAAAAUGUAAGAGUAUUGUUAUCAGAUUAUAUACACAACCUAUAUAGUUUUAUUAGCGCAACCAACCUUUGGAACUAUAUACGUGCAACAUUAUAAAUGUUUGGUUGAAAAAAGCAAAUGUUUAUAUUGCCCAAGCAGUAUACAUUAAUGCGUUGUAAAAAAAAGAAUCCUAACCAAUUUUCUCAUUAUCUGGUCUGCUCAUUCUCUUCUCAUUUCUAGAGUAUAAUGUUUAGAAUUUUAGAUCCGAGGAUGCUGCUGCAAAACUAUUUUGUGUAUUUUCUAAUCUGUUUUAAAAGUAGCUUGUGUUUUCUCAGUGUUUUUAUUACUUGUGUUUUCUCAGUUGCUGUGCCAAAAAACUGCCCACGUGCUCCCAUGGCUGUAUUUUCAGCCACUCCGUAGGCCUUACUACGGUCAGAUCGUACGGAUCAAGUCCCACCAUCUUGCAUCCAACGGCCCAUCAAGCUCCUGCUUCCUCAGGCCGCAGACAGCCCAACCCACCCCCUGCCCAUCCCCACCACCAUCAGGCAGGCCCAGGGUUUAUCGCCCUGCGCCGCCGCCUCCUAAACCCACCUCGCCCCGCCGCGGCGGCGCAUUUCAGAACCCUCGUCGUCUUCGGCGACCGGUGGGCCGGACAGCCAUGUGGGUCCUCCGGAGCCUCCUCCGGGCAGCCUCGCCAUCGCUCCGCCGCAGCUCCUGGCGCCUUGCCGCAAGCGGUGAGCCGGUCAUCGGGGCCGCGGACUCGGCUUCGCCGUCCACGGGGUUGCUGGCGGCGGGAGCAGGAGCGGACGGCGGGUGGCGGCGGGCGAUGUCGACCAAGGGGAGGAGCAUGCGGAGCAAGGUGGAGAGGCGGAUGGCGAGGGAGACCGGUCGCACCCAGCGGGAGCUCCGCCGCGCCGUUAAGCUCAGGAAGAAGCUCAUGACCGAGGACGAGAAGCUCAUCUACAACCUGCGCAGGGCCAAGAAAAAGGUUGCUUUGCUACUGCAGAAGCUCAAGAAGUAUGAGCUACCAGAACUACCAGCUCCUCGUCAUGACCCUGAGCUGUUAACAGCUGAGCAACUACAAGCUUACAAGAAGAUUGGAUUCAGAAAUAGAAACUAUGUACCUGUUGGAGUUCGUGGAGUCUUUGGGGGUGUUGUUCAAAACAUGCAUAUGCAUUGGAAAUUCCACGAGACAGUCCAAGUUUGUUGUGACAACUUCCCAAAGGAAAAAAUUAAGGAAAUGGCAGCAAUGCUGACAAGAUUAAGUGGUGGAAUUGUGAUUAACAUUCAUAAUACCAAAACAAUCAUCAUGUUUCGAGGAAGAAACUACCGUCAACCUAAGAACCUUAUACCUUUCAACACACUUACCAAAAGGAAGGCUUUAUUCAAGGCCAGAUUUGAGCAAGCGCUUGAAUCACAGAAACUAAACAUCAAGAAAAUAGAGACACAGCUCCGUCGCAAGGGUAUCAAUCCAGAGGAUCCUGUUGCUAUGGCUAGUAUCCAGCGUGUUGCCUCUACAUUCUUCCGAGCCAUAGAUGAGCAACAAGGUACUCCCUAUGUUUUCUGUGGGGAUGCACAACCUUCUGCUGGGACUACUGAAAUAAAAGAACCACCUGAUCAACCAUCUGAAGAUAGCGACCAGGAGGAGCUUGACCGGUUCAUUUCAGAGAUAGAAAGUGCAGCAGAGAAGCAAUGGGAGGAAGAAGAGGCAGCAGAGAAAGAAGAAUCUUCAAGAAUGCGGUAUUGGGAGAGAGAAGAGGUGGGUGAGCGGAGGGGUUUCGGUAGAAGUUAUGAAAACUCAGAUUAUGAGGAUAGAGGACAGGGAAGAUAUAGGAGGGAGAAUAACAACAGAAGGACAUCAGAUGCAAGGAAGUGGGAUGAUGAUAGCGAGGCUGAGGCAUCAGGUGAAGAAUGGGACUCUGGUGAUGACGAUGACAGGGAUAAUUUUAUGGGCUUUGACAAUGAUAGAGAUUCUCGUGACAAGCAUCCUCGACGAUUCGAAAGCAUGAGGAAUGGGAUGAGCAGAUCUAGUGGCAGGCGGGAUUUUGUUCCUAGGGGAGAAGUGGGCGAGAGGAGGGGUUUCAACAGAAGCUAUGGCAACUCAGACGUUCAGGAUAGAGGCCAGGGAAGAUAUAGGAGAGAUAACAACAAAGGAACAUCAGAUGCAAGGAGGUGGGAUGAUGAUAGUGAGAUUGAGGCAUCAGGUAAAGAAUGGCACUCAGGUGAUGACACAGAUAAUUUUCUUGGAUUCGACAAUGAUAGAGAUGCACCUGAUGAUCAUCCUCUACGAUUCAAAAAUACAAGGAAUGAGAAGAGCAGAUCCAGUGGCAGGCAGAGUUCAAUUCCUGGGGGAUUCAGAGGUUCCAAUCGAAGUCCAGGAAAUUUAGUUUCUGCUUCUGACAGUAAUGAUGGUAGUUUAGACUCUGAAGAAGAAGAUUUGUGGGGAUCGGAUAAUAAGGGGGGAGAAACAAACCUAAGAUCCCCAAAGGUAAAUUUCUCAAAUUUCCACAGCAGUAGCGAGGACAGCAAUGAUAACUUGGAACAUGGUGACACGAUUGGUAAAAUGAAGAAAAAUACUGAUGAAAAUUGGGACAGUGACUAAUAACAUGAAGAGUAAUGUUGAUGUGUGCUGGGACGAAUGCUAACGUGAAUGGUUGCCAUCCGAGUUCUUUCAUGGCUUGUAUUGCUCAUGUUUUCCAAUGAGAUCUGGAAGAGCUAGAAGAAUAAGCAUGGUUUCCAUGAUGUUUGAAUUAUUGCUGCAAGUUUCAGACAAUGGUUCCAGUUAUCAUGGUAGCCUGAAAAGUUGCUUCACCUGGAGUGAGGGGGGAGGUUGUCAACGGUGUGCUAUUCUCCUAGGAGAGGCUAGGACAUAAAGGCAAAAUACAUCAUGACUUGCACAAGCGGGGGACAAGAUGCUGAAUGUUUGUGGCUAGAGUUCAAUGUUGAGAAACUAGAUGUAUCGAGAUUCCUGGAGGUCUUAGAAAUGUGAAAUUCUUGUUCUGCCAUCAUUAUGGGACCAUAUUAUUUCGUUUUUCUA